AGCUGCUGCCUCUAGAGCUCGUGGACAAAUGAAUAGGAUCAAGAAUUCAUAUCGCGAUGAAGAGUGACAAGGAAAUUGUUGGCAUAGGUCUAGGAUUCGACAACUUUGUCAAUAUGGUGCCGGAAGAUGUCACAGAGUUUGAAAGCACACCAGAAGGAAGACGGAUUACUAAAUUGGAUCAGAUAUUGCUGAAUGGAAAUAAUAUAACCAUGCUGGUUCCUGGAGGAGAAGGACCUGAAGUAUAAAUAGAUUUCCUUGACUUACCUAGAUUCUGUUUUGUCUUACAAUGGCAAGCAAAUGGGUUUUUUUUUAAUCUUUCAAUGUUUAUAUUCUAAAAUGUUGUUUCCCGUUGAAGGGAAAUGGUGUGACAGUGUAUCAUAUGCCAUUUUUCUAAGUUAACCAUGAGUAACUUGGUAAAAGAAUAGUUUGCUUUUUGAAGACUACAAAAUAAAGAUGUUUUUGGU